AGUUCAAGACCAGCAGUUGUCUAAUGUCUUAAGUGUCAAAAAGUUCUAAAAAUGGCAGAGGCCGCCUUUUCGGAGGACGGGAAAUAUUAUUCAUUAAUUACACAGGACGGUAGAUUGAGAAUAUGGGACACAGAAACUAAUGUCCUCAAACAGGAGUAUACUCCGGACCUCCAUUUAACAUCACCCCCCUCGUGUUUACAGUGGAUAUCUGUCACCUCAAAUACCAGUCCCACAAAAGGUGUCAGAAGAAAAUCAUUCAGUGGAGUCGAAACACAAUGUAUAGCAUUAGGAACAGCUAGCGGAAAAAUACUUAUAUACUCAGUGAGCGAGGCGCAAAUAGAGACAGUUUUAACAGACAAAAACAACGCUAUUCACAGCAAAGUACAAAGUUUGGAUUGGCAUAGAAAAUACGGUCUAUUCAGUUGCACCAGUGACAGUCAUGUGUGGGAAUGGGACUUGCAAAGUUCUUGUGUUAGACAUAAGUACAAUAUCCAUGUAUAUAGUAAAAAUAAACAGGGAAACAAGAUCAGUGCUAUCAGGAUCGUACCACACAAUCAGAACACUCCGGCAAAGUUCCUCAUAUCUUCGUCGUGGCAGAUACGUCUGUGGAGAUUAAUUGAUUCCGAAGCCACUCUCAUCAAAUGUCUGGGGCACAACGCUGCUCCGCGAGCAUUACUGACCGUUGCCACGGUUAAUAAUAGUAGUUGGUUGAUCGAAGGCUCUCAAACGGAACGCCUCCUAUCAUUCUGGGAUGUCACGAUCACCGAGGAAAACUUGCCACAAGAAAACUCCGAGGAAUCCACACCAUGUAAAAAACAAAGGAAGAAAUCCUUGACCUCAGCGACCGUACCCGUCCCGACAUAUAACUUUGUUUUGGAAGACGCACCCAGGAUUAUAGAUGUGGAACUUAAGGUGGAGAACGGAGCCACGAGGUUGUCCCUGGCAGCGGCCACGAGGAGCGGUGUUGUACAUUACUAUGGCCAUUUGCUAAAUGGAGCGUCACCAAAACCAGUGAAGCCGUCAGUGACUAUCCAAGUCACGACCGAAGACGCUCAGCCGCUGCCCUUACAAUGUGUCCAGUUACCGAAAACUGGUGACUUGCUGAUUGGAUACUGCAGUGGACCCGGUGUAGUGUUUGAGAAAGUUAUACCAGAUUUGAAGACAAAAACUCAGGUCCUUAUACGAGGUGACAAGUCAAAGGAAGAUAAGAAUGAAGUUGUUCCGAAAGAAAAUGAUCAAAUAACUUACGUUGAGCCGCUGGGUGGAGUUAGUAGGAAACGUGGCAAUGUAGGAGGGAAGGUGGAGGUGACGAUGGAAUCCCGUUUGUCAAACCUCUCCCUGGAUGUGAAGAGUCGGAGCAAAACAGCUGUUAACCAGAACUUAACCAAACUUUUAAUACAAGGAUUACACUCCAGAGAUAAGAAUUUAAUACUAACUGUACUUCAACGUAACGACCCAGCGGUGGCCCACAACACGAUAUCAUCUCUCCCGGUCAAUUACAUACCAGCUUUGUUGGAACAGUUAACAGAUAUGGCUACGAGGAAAACUAGCCAGUGUUCGUCUGUUUGCACCUGGCUAUGUGCUGUUCUUCAGUGUCACUCGGCCUCUCUUCUGGCGACUUCGCCCCAUCAGUCCGAACACCUCACAAAACUCCUGGCUAUAUUCACACAGAGACGCUCCAACCUGUGUCAGCUGCUGAGUCUGAAGGGCCGGCUGGACCUCACCUCGUGUAGACGACUCGCGCCCGAAGGGGAUUCGCAUACGCUACUGCAAUAUGAAGACUCGUCAUCAGACGAAGACGUUCCUCCCGAGGGCUACGAGUCCGACAGCCGGCAGUCCUGGGACGACGGCGACACAGACUGACCAAUAAAAUGUUAUACUAACAUAA